GGGUGGGGUGUCAGAAUGGAAAGGAGGGGAGUGGGAUGGAUUGCAGGAAUCUUAGUGUCUGCUCCAUGUAGAGUGGUUUCGAACUGGGCUCUUAGUUUGGGAGAGAAUUCUUGUUUGUUUGUCCAUGUCUGUGUGCCCUUGGGUGAGUCACUUAACAUCUGCUAAGGCACAGUCUGGUUAGGGGUGGGCAUCUCUCUCCCCCUGGGCACCAGGUACUACUGCUGUCCUCAUGAUGAGCUCUCUUGUCUCUGACUCCACACAGGCCUGCGUUCCUGCUUUUGGCCCUGGCAGGUGGGCAGACAUGUCCCAGAAGGGGGAUGCGGAGAGCUCCAGCACAGAUAACCCUGUUUUCUAUACCCGACACAGACACAGAGGCAGGCUUUGCCAGGAGGACGUGGUAGAAGCCAGCUCCGGGCCAGGCAUGAUGUCAGAGGCCCAGGGUCCAGCUCCAAGCAGGAAGAGAGUCCGCAGCGGGGAGUCCCGUCCAGGUGCCAGCCUGCAGGCUGGGGAUGCUGCUGGGGCCAGCAGGGCGGGGUUGGAGCUGCAGGCUGUGGGGCCGAGUCCCAGCCAGCUGCCCCCUGGGCCUGAGCAGGGUAGUGCAGGGUGCUCCAAGAGGCUCCAGGUCUCUCUGUGUGACAUCCUAUCCACCAGGUGCCUCAGGAAUCUUUGUAGCACUUUGCUGGGUCUCCCAAAGAGGGCACUGGCAGACAUGGAGGGGCCAGCAGAAGUGGAACUGGCUAGCUGCCCCAGGCCCAGAGGGGUGGGAGGCCAAGGGAUGAGUGCUCUGAGUGACAAGGGAAGCUCCACACUGGACAAAGAGAAUUUCUCUGAAAGGAGCCUGACACCCUCACCAGGCCCAGCCCCUGAGAGGGCAAGAAGGAAAAGCAGAAAGUCUGGGUCCUGUCCCAAGGGUGGACAAGGGGCUAACGGCUUCUUAUGGCUUGAUCAGAGCUCUGGUGGGGACAGCCAGUCUUUGGGAGGCUCCCUGGAAGGUGCCGACCUGAGGUCCUUAGGAGGCCCCUGCGGGCAUCUGUGUCAUGAGGACACAAGGCUCGGAGAUCCAGGUGGAAGUCAGGCAGGAUGUGCCCCAGGGAUUGCAGGGUUUGAGUACUUGCCUGCUGCCGGGUCUGGGGCCCAGCCGGGCAGCCCCCUCAGCUCUCACAGGCUCUGUGCAGAUGAGUCCUGCAGUCCAGCCACACAGGACUUCUGGUGGUACAGUGCGCUGUGCCUGGAAGGGCCAGGAUGGCCUUCCGCAGAGCAGCAGGAAGUGGAGCGUGUGGAGGGGGCUGGCAGUGAGGAAGGCCUUGCUGCUCCACGGGGCCGGCACGGGCCAGAGGCCCAGCUGGCACCCAGGGAGAACCUAGGGCAAGAUCUUGCUGUGCCCUCCGACACUCAUGCCUGCUCCCCGGAGCCCUUGGGCACCCUCAGCUUCUCCCCGGAGGCCACUGCCAGCGAGGCCUGCACAGGCCCAUUGGCGUGGCGGGAAAGAGGCAAGUGUGCUGAGAAGCUGAGCGGGGACCCAGCAUCCUGCACCCGAGAGCAGCCCACAGACAGAAGCUCAGAUAACUCCCGCCAGCAUAAGCCAGAGAAAGCCAGCCCAGAAGGAUGCUCCAGAUGGGAAGGGGAAAAGAAACUGCAUGUACUGGAUUCUUAUGAAGGUGUUUUGGAGCUGGAGGAAGCAAACAUGCCCUGUGGGGUGAAGCAUGUGUGUUACGUGGAUUCUGAGACAGGGAUCCAGCUGCAGGGGGCCAUCCACCACAGCCAGGCUGGGGAACAGCAGCUGCCACAGCUGGAGGCUCUGGAGAAUUUUAUGGAGGUCAGCUCUGCCUCACCUUCCCAGAAACCCAGAGCCAGGAAAAGGCCCGCAGGACGCGCCCCCACUGGAGGCCAGGGUGGCCCAGAGGAGGCUGUGAAUGGGGAGCCUCUUCCAGCAGUGGCAGAGGACUCAGCUCAGCUGCAGCCUGGAGAGGAGACAAUUGCCCCGGAUCUUGACAUACGGGGCACUGUGGUCCGUGUCCUGUGGAAGGCGCUGUGGAGUCGCAGUCAGAAGCUUUCCGACCUGGGGCUGAGUGAGGAGGCGGUGAAGGGCAUCGCUGCUGACAUCGAAGCAGCCCUCUUUGACCUCAUGCAGGGCACCACCUACCGCUACAAGACCAAGUAUCGCACCCUGCUCUUCAACCUGCGUGACCCCAGGAACCCAGACCUGUUUCUCAAAGUGGUUCAUGGAAAUGUCACCCCCCAUGACCUGGUGCGGAUGAGCUCAGUCCAGCUAGCCUCCCAGGAACUGGCCCGCUGGCGGGACCAGGAGGAGAAAAAGGGACUAGAGAGCAUUGUGCAGCAACAGAAGGAGCCAUGUGGACUUCCGGUCUCCAAACUGACCCACAAGGGUGAGGUGGAGAUUCCACGGGACAUGGACCAGAUGCUGAUCCUGGAAGACCUGGGCGCCGUGGCAUUCGGAGACUGUGGCCUGCAGGCCCUGCCUGCCCUGCUGGAGAAACAACAUGCUCACCAUUUCCUGGACCCCGACUGCCACAUUUGUGCAGAGUCUCUAAAUGAGUUGCCAGGUUUCUCCAGAGCCUCUGGGAACAGGGGGGACAGUGUCUUCCAGAGGGUCCCAAGCACAACUCCUGUGUCCUCUCCAGAGUUGCCCAGAGCCAGGGAGACACCGCCCAUGGAGCCCCAGGACAAGUGUGGCCUAGAGCUGGGAGGUGACAACCCUGAAGGGCACCAGGUGUCUGCUGGGCCCACAAAGACCCCACCCAGCCCACCUCCCUGGGAGGGGACACUUGACAUGUUCUCCAUCAAGCGAUUCCGGGCCAAGGCCCAGCUGGUCUCGGGACACAGCUGUCGGCUCAUCCAGGCUCUGCCCGAGGUGAUUCGCUCAGCAGGCUGCAUUUCCCCCUCCACCGUCUGGGACCUUCUGACCAGCGUGUCUCCAGCAGAGGCCAAGGACAUCUCCGUGGUCAGACUGUGUCCCCAGGGCACUCAGGACAUCCACAACUGCCGCCUGCUCUACUCCUACCUCAAUAACAAGCAGUGUCAUGGACUGACCUCCGUGCAGCACGUGGGGGUGGUGCUGCUGCCCCUGCCUGCCUUCCAGCCACUGCCCCCCAGACUGCGCCUUCUGGGUGGCCCAGGUCUGGAAAUCACUCAUUCAAGCCUGCUGCUGGCUGUGUUGCUCCCCAAAGAAGGGCUUCCCAACACAGCCGUGUCCAGAACUGUGUGGAGGAAGGUUCGCAAGAGAGUAUCCUUCAAGGAGAAAGUGGAAAUCAGAGUCUACCAGCCAGAGGACAGAAAGACAGACGUGACCCUGCAGCAGAACCAGGACAAAGGCAGCCUGUCUCCAAGGAGAGUUUGUGCUUGGCCGAAGUUCCCCAGAGUCAAGGGGAAACCAUGGGCAGAGUCUGAAACCCAGCAAUGUCAUGACCGAGAGAAGCAGUCUCCAAAACCAGGCUGGUGCCAGCCUCAACAUCCCUGUUUAGCAGUGCCCGCUGCCAAUGACUUUGGUUAUGGCCAGUACGACCACAGGGCCUCUUGCCCCUACCAAGUCCUAGUUCAGAACCUCAAGACCCUGGUGACUAUUACUUGCCAACUCCAAGCCUCACUGAUCCCCUCGGGCCAGGAUCCCCUUCUCCCAUCCCUUACAGCAUUUCCUCAGCCCCCUGCUGCCCCAGGGACUUACGGCCUGUGCUGCCAGUCCCCCACAGCUGCAGAGAUCCCUGACCCUGCUCCUAAUCCCUCCUUAGGCCCUACAGUUGGCACGAAAUGUCCCUUUCCUAGAAAGGCGUGACCCCAGUUACCCUUUAGAACGGGUUUUGAUUCCCCUUCUAGUGCUGAACCAGGGAGAGGUGGGGGUAGAUGCAGCGGGUAGAGGGAGGGAAGGGUCAGCUUUUCCUAUCUGUCCUGUUUAUUUCCUGUUCUAUAGUCUGUUUGGUAUUGGAUUUUGGUUUAAUAAAGAAUUUGGCAGAGCUA